AUGGAAGAUGCAGGCGACACUAAAAACGUGACACUAUCCCUCGACAAGGAUGACCGGCUUUCUGGAAGGGCACGCUCAGGAAGCACAAGCAACGGACACAAGCGCAACACGUCCGGCUCGCUGCUAUCGAAAUUCUCCUUUCUCCGAAUGAACACCGGGACGCACCACAAUACCGAACGAUCGCAUUUAGACGGUGAUAAGCACGAUGAAGAGGAAUUCGGUUCCGGAUUGCAGGGUGGGAGGGCGAUGUCGAGCGCUUUACAACAACGGAGAACGCGAAGAAGAAGGGGCUCGCUAAGGAAAACUGCGCUACUGGGAACGCGAUUCGACUAUCGAGAUAAGAAGGCUACUCGGGCGUCGAUCGAUGUGUUACGAGCGGAUGGCAAAGCGCCACCGCACGAUCAGAGUACGAACGUCCUGGUCCCAUCCAUAGCCGAUUCGGUCUCAACGCAGGAUCAACCUACGUCUCUUAGAACUGCAGCAGCCCAGUCUGAUGAGAACAAUGCCAACUGGGGUCUCGUGCAUGACGAGCGGGAAAUCCCGACUGCCUCUGCAUCCCAGCGGCCGCGGAAGGGUCUCUCGAAGGAGACCGUGCUUGGAGACGAGAUUGGCACGGACGAUGAGGAUAUGAUUGCUCUUCCUCGCGUCAAGAAUGCCAAGGCUGCCAUCGGCUCUGUCUUUAGAAACUCCUCUACCAGCAGUACCAGCGGUGCCGCGGGAUUACGUAUACCGACGCCCCCAUCGAGUUCGGACUCCUACUAUGCUCUGCCGACGGACGCGUCGUAUAGAGCCGUGCAUCGCACCAAGUCGCCUCUUGCCACGCAUGUUGUUGACCUCAAGUCCAGCCAAGAAAUCGUCUGGGAUUACUCCGAAACCGAGUGGUGGGGGUGGAUCAUCUUGAUCGUGACUUGGCUGGUUUUCGUGGUGGGAAUGGGCAGUUGUUUCGGUGUUUGGAGUUGGGCUUGGGAUGUUGGUGAGACGCCCUAUGCGCCGCCAGAGCUGGAGGAUGAUCCUACAUUGCCCAUUGUGGGGUACUAUCCUGCCUUGAUUAUUUUAACGGCUGUCAUGUCGUGGGUGUGGGUUGUCGUUGCCUGGGUGGGCAUGAAGUAUUUCAAGCAUGCCAAUAUCACUGGGGAUGAUACAUGA